GGCUCCAUGGGGGGGGGGGGGUUAAGUCCCAUCCCUGCUCUCCCAGGAUGCCCAAACCUACAGAAAGCCAUCCCUGCCCCUAAUCCAAUCCCUGUCCCUAAUCCAAUCCCUGUCCCACCCCUGUAGUGUCAGGGCUGUGUGCAUUGUUGCCUUCAUCUUCUUCCUCUUCCUCACCUGUGCCCUACCUAGCGGGGGUGCAAUCAGCUGAGGCUGUCUGGCCCCUCCCUGGGCUGGGCCUGGCUAUAAAACCCAGGGGCCAGGCAGAGGGUGUCACAAGGAUCUGGGAGCUGUUGGCAGACAGCAGCAGCGAUGGCAACACUCUACCCCUCCCUGGAGGACAUGAAGGGCCACCAGGUCCUGCAGGCACAGGCAGCAGCUGGGGUGAGGACCCCCGCCACCACAGUGGUCACAGAGAAGCCGAAGCUCGCCUCAGGCACUGAGCCUCCUGUGCUGUACCCCAACCUGGCCGAGCUGGAGAACUACAUGGGGCUGGCGCUCUCCAGCGAGGAGAUCCAGAAGAACCUGCACAAGGAAGGCAGCACCGCACUGACCCCCGUCGGGCCCUCCCCAGGCCAGCUGGUUGCCCCCCUGAGCGGGAACAGCGCAGGGCUGCGGCGGGCAGAGAUCAAGCCGGGCGUGCGGGAGAUCCACCUGUGCAAGGACGAGCGGGGCAAGACGGGGCUGCAGCUGAAGAAUGUCGACCAGGGCAUCUUCGUGCAGCUGGUGAAGGCCAACUCGCCAGCAGCGCUGGUGGGGCUGCGCUUCGGGGACCAGGUGCUGCAGAUUGACGGCAAGAACUGUGCGGGCUGGAGCAGUGACAAAGCACAGCGUGCGCUGAAGAAGGCGAACCCUGAAAAAAUCGUCAUGGUGGUGAGAGACAGGCCUUUCCAGCGCACCGUGACCGUGCACAAGGACAGCACCGGCCACAUCGGCAUCGUGGUGAAGAAGGGGAAGAUUGUGUCGCUGGCCAAGGACAGCUCGGCUGCCCGCAAUGGGCUCCUCACCCACCACUGCAUCUGUGAGGUGAAUGGCCAGAACGUCAUCGGCAUGAAGGAUAAGCAGCUCAUGGAGGUGCUGGCAGGGGCUGGGAACGUGGUGACACUGACCAUCAUCCCCACCGUGAUCUACGAGCACAUGGUCAAACGGCUCUCAUCAGGGCUGGUGAAGUCGUCCAUGGACCACUCCAUCCCUGACCUGUGACACUAUCACUGCUGUUCCGGGACCUGAUGCUGGAAGCCCAGAGGGCCUGCUGAGAGGACCCCACAGCACCUCCAAAGGAGCUAUUCUAGCACAAAACCCCUUAUGCUGUCAGAGUCUGGUGGCUGCUGGGCGGCUCCUCCUCUCCUCAGCAAGGAUGGGGCAGAUAGCCUGUACCAGGGUUCCACUGUCCCCGUGUCCCUGCUUGGGCCACCCCUUCAGGGCAGAUGCCAAGGGCUGGCUCCAGCCAAAGCAGACACAGACCCAGCGACAUUUAUUACAUCCACCACAGACAGUGAGUACAGGACAGGGGAAACAAGAAGAGGGGGGUUACAGCUUUUUCAGUUCUGUAUUUAAAAAAUAUAUUAUAUAGAUUUGUCUUUCAAAUAUAGUCGUUACAUUUA